AUGUUCAGUGAUAAUGUUACUGAACAAUUAUUGGAUAUUGAACAUUUGAAAAUUGAACAAAAUUGUUCUUGUUUAACAAUAUUGCUUGGACAUUGUCCAUGUACAUCACUGGGUAUAAGUUUCUUCCAUGUCGAGAUCAAUGACUCUGAUCGUGAAGCUUCUUCACGGGUUUCAAGAUCACAUGCUAACUUUGGUAUGUCGACUUGGAGUUGCUAUGACAAGGUGCAAGCUACUGUUCUUAUAUUCCCGGAUCCAGGAGGCCUAGCUUGA